GUCUUGGAGUAAGACGAUGGUCAAAGUAUUAGAUGGAGUGCGUCACACAAGUCAUGGUGACCUGUUUUUUGUGAGGGUCUCACGAGCCCCCGAGUGAUAACAUUUGACUUAAGGGUCAUCACUUGAAGUGUCGACAUAUCCCUCACGUGUCAUUGGGAUUUGUCAACGGAUAGUAUAGAAACUUUGUCAUUGGAAGUAUCUAAAGAGGCGUAGAAACUCCCUCACUUUGUCAUUGGGAGUAGCUACAGAUGUUUUCGAAAUCAAAGCUAUAAAGUGUAAUUGGGCCUGGCCAAGCCCAACCACGAGGUAAAAAUGUUUUUAAAGAUUCUCAUUUUCAGGGUUAGCUAAACGAGAAAACCCCCUUGUUUUUAUGGGACGUAAAACGAAGGAAAAUCUAGCACAUCGUUCUUUUUUGGAAAAACGGAAAACCAAUCCUUUUAAUUUUUGGAAAAAAGGAAAACUACUCACAUCGUUCUUUUUUUGGAAAAACGGAAAACCAGAAAAAGUUAUCGCUGCAGCGACUAAGGACCUGCGCGGUUAGUGACGCAGACCCCGCCGGCUAAAGAUGGCGAGCUUGUCCGCUAAGGGUGGACACCCCGUCCGAUAGAAGUGGACGAAUCUGUUUUUGAAAUUUGAAAAUAAGGACCUACGCAGUUUGUGACGUAGACCCCGCUGGCUAAAGAUGGCGAACCUGUCCGCUAAGGGUGGACACCCCGUCCGAUAGAAGUGGACAAAUCUAUUUUGAAAUUUGUUUGUGCUUUUUGAAAAUAAGGACCUACGUGGUUUGUGACGUAGACCCCGCCGGCUGAAGAUGGCGAGCCUGUUUCAUUUGGUUUUAGAAGAUUCUAUUUUUCGAAAACUGAGGACCUGCGCGGCUAGUGACGCAGACCCCGCCCGCUGAGGGUGGGCGAGCCCUGUCCGCUGAGGGUGGACGUCCCUGAAUUCGUUUUUUCAAUUUGGGAACUCGGGUGGUUCGUGACGCGAUCUUGCCAACUUAAGAUGGGCAAGUUCCCCUUUUUUUUGUUCAUCGUGAUUUCUUUUGAGAAUUUCUUUUAUUCAUUCUUGCAAGAGAGAAUUCUUUCGAGGGAUGCUCGGACUUAGUUGUAACCUGAAUGUGGGUUGACAACGGGUUUAGACGGACCUUUGUUUUGUGAUCGUCUUCUUUUGUGGUUUUGAGCUAGUCUUUACGGCUCGAUUUUUGCCACCACUUGGUCUUUGAUCAGAGGACCAUGUACAAGUGUCAACGGCGACCUUUCUCUGAGGUCGAAAUCCGUUCUUUUGAGAUUAUCCAAACAUGGGACUGCGUGCAAAGUAGUCUGGGAAUAUGAUUUUGACUCCGCACGCUCUUUGUUGGGGUAUAUAUUUUUCGCGAGCCUCCAAGCACUUGGGCUUGUCGGUCAUUUUCCGCCAAGAGAGGUACGUAUUUUAUAACGUCUUUUAAUCAUGUUUGGGGUUGUGCUCGUAUGUGCGAGCGACCUUUAUAGUGGUGUGCUAUUUUGGCGAAGUCGUGGAGUGCGACUUCAGUUUUCGGGCGACAAAGUUUUAUUUUCCAAUAAUAUCCGGUUUAGCUUGGCCCGGAUUAAUCUUUUGACAAACAAACAUUUUUCAUUUCGAGAAACCAACGACUUAACAAUAUUUUUUGGUGUUUCGAAGAAUGACCUUGAUAUUUAUUUUGCUCAAAAAAGAGUGUACACAUAUAUUCCUUGAGACUAGUCUAAGUUUUGACCAAGUUUUAACAUUCAUUUUUUGCUAUUUGGGUGAUAAAGGUGCUUUUGGGCUUGAUCUUGAUUGCAAUAGGGCCUCGUGUCUAGAAACACGGUCUUAAGUCCUUUCCUGUUCCGUGUUUUGUGAAAUCUGGGCCUUGGGCUGCAUUUUCAGCGCCCAAGGCUGGGCGUUAAUUAUUUCGGCGCCCAGCCGUGGGCGCUGAAAGUCUUUUCCUGGCGAUUUUUGGUUUUCGUAUUUCUUAACGCGUUUCCGAAUGGGAUCAGGAUGUCACUUGAUGUCUUCAGCUAUAUAUAGGGGCUAGAUAUGUCCCUAUUUUCCAUCACUCUUAAUUUUCUUCUCUUGUAGUUGCUUAGCCUUAAUUCCUCCUUGCUUUUGUCAUGUCGAUUCCUCCCUUCUCACUCCAACGAGCCGUUAGGCGUUGGCUCCGAGCCCUUACUCCUACAGAAAAGGCUUUGUUGAAAGAAUACCACUUAGAGGCACUUUUAGGCUUACAACAAAUUAAUAUUGAUUAUAAUUUUCUGCAUGCAACCCUAAGCUUUUGGGAUUCCGAUCAUCAUGUUUUUGUCUUUCGGGGAACCGAAAUAUGUCCUUUGCCAGAUGAAUUUGCCGCGAUCCUUGGUUAUCCUACUAAUGCUACUCCUGCCACCCCUGGCACCAUUGAAGAGGGUAAAACAACCAUAGGGGCUUUCCUAGGACUAGAUGCUAACACGCUUGCUGAGAUUGUUGUAGGUGAUGAGGUUAAUUUGGAAAAGCUUGUAAAACAUCACUUUAGGCCUAGUAAAAAUAUGACCGAACAGAAAUUGAACAUUCGAGCCCUUGUAUUUUGCUUGUUGAAUCAUUAUUUGCUGUCGAAUAACAAUGGUGAGUUCGGUGACAUAAGGUUGAUCCCCUUGAUUAGCCAGAUGGAAAGUUGCUAUUCUAUUAUACCGUUGGUUGUUGCCGAGACUUUACUGAGUGCGGAUGAGCUGAAGAAGGAUGCCAAAUCUGAAUAUCUUAAGGGGAUCCCCCUAUUGCUGCAUAUUUGGCUCAUGGAACGACUUAGGCUCUUAGAAACUCCUGCCGAUCCUAAACAUUAUCGCCCUAUAGCCUUGGGUAACCGGAAGUAUUUGCACCGAGGCCAGGACGAGGCCGAGUGGGCCUCCUUUUUUACUCAUGGUAUCUGUUCUAUUAAAUGGGUGGUACCGUGGUGGGGUUUGACUACUAUGACGGGGGGUUCUGAUGUAUCGGUUUAUGUUUCUUUGUUGGGGCUAUCCCGGCCCAUUUAUAUCUUUCCUUACCGAGUCAUGCGUCAAUACGGCUUAAGGCAGACUAUCCCCUUUUCUGAUACGGUACCACCUAAAGUAGCGGCCUUUUCACAAGCACGGGUUCAAGCGUGGGCUAAGUAUUAUGAUGGUCUCCCGCGUUGGGCCGUAGCUACAAAUGGCUUUGUGGGUCUUUCUGAAAACUACAAGUUGUGGAUGAGCUCCGAUGAUAAAGCUGUGAGGACCGAGGCUCGAAAUGGAGAGCCGGCUGAGCUUUUGAUACCUCGUAUUCGGGUUAGAUAUGAGGGCCGUGAUUCUGCCAAUCCUCGCACCCAUGGUAUUAAGACUGUGAAAGCUCGUCCUGAUCGAAAGCGAAAGGAAGUUCCUCCCCGUUCCAGUUCUAGGCCUAAGAAGCUGCCUAACAUGAAGGGGCCUGCCGUUGCUAAAAGAAAUGCAAGCUCUCGCGGAGAUCGUCGCCGGAACAAUGUAUGGGUUAGGAAGGCUCAACCGCCCGUAGAAACAGUGACUAAUUCAGUUGAUGUUGAUAAUCCCUCCCCCAUCAUUGUCUGUGCCCUUGAGGCUGAGCGGGCUGUAAUUGAGAAUGUUUCUGAAGCCUUGGAAUCUUUGGAAGUUAGUGUCCAAGAGCCGGUUCUUAUGGAGAUUGAUAUGGGGGCAGCGCAGAAGACUGUGGGGGUGGAUCCUGCGAACAUUGCCCUCUACAAGACUUUAUUUGAUGAUCCGGAAGAACUAGAGUAGUGUAGUUCCUGCUAGGGUGUAGGUGCCCUUUGUUUAUUCCAGUUGUGUUUGUUUUUCCUUCCUUAGCACUUUUGUUUUCCUUCUUAUCAUUUUUUAAUAAAGGCGUAUUUUAUUUUUAUUUUCAUUUUUUUCUUCUCCUCUUUUCUUUUUAUAUUUUAUAUAUGUCCAACACGUUUUGCACAAUGUAUAUAUAUUUUUUUUACUUGA